GCGCCAUGCUCUACCAACUGAGCUACACGGGGCUACAUUCAUGAUAUGAAUGUUGUUGAUACAAACUUGCUUCACAGGUGUGGUGGAGGGGAACGUGGCUGCGGUCGAGGCCUACAAGUCCUCCUGCUAGCGCCAUGCUCUACCAACUGAGCUACACGGGGCUACAUUCAUGAUAUGAAUGUUGUUGAUACAAACUUGCUUCACAGGUGUGGUGGAGGGGAACGUGGCUGCGGUCGAGGCCUACAAGUCCUCCGGCGGUGACAUCGCCCGUCAGAUGACGUCGGACGAGGUCCGUCUCCUGAACCGUCCCUCUGCCUUCGGCGACGGCUUGACCCUGGUCCACCUGGCCAUCCGCUUCCAAAGACAGGACAUGCUGGCUGGCCUCCUCACUGAGGUGUCCCAGCAGACAGCGAAGUGUAUCCCUGCCAUGGUGUGUGGUGAGCUGACGGAACAGAUCCGCAGGGAGAUCGCUGCCUCUCUGCACCGACGCAAAGGAGACUUCAACUGUUACUUCCUCUCUGACCUGGUCACCUUCACACUGCCCGCAGACAUAGAAGACCUGCCCACUGCAGUCCAGGAGAAGCUGUUUGACGAGAUGUUAGAUCGAGACGUACAGAAAGAGCUAGAGGAGGAGUCUCCCAUCAUUAACUGGUCCUUGGAGCUGGGUACCAGGUUGGACAGCAGGCUGUAUGCCCUGUGGAACCGUACACAGGGAGACUGCCUGUUAGACUCAGUACUGCAGGCUACCUGGGGGAUAUACGACAAGGACUCUGUUCUCCGCAAGACCCUCCACGACAGCCUGCAUGACUGCUCUCACUGGUUCUACACGCGGUGGAAGGAGUGGGAGUCGUGGUAUUCUCAGAGCUUUGGUCUCCACUUCUCUCUCCGAGAGGAACAGUGGCAGGAGGACUGGGCCUUCAUACUCUCUCUGGCUAGCCAGCCUGGAGCCAGCCUGGAGCAGACUCAUAUCUUUGUUCUAGCACACAUUCUCCGUAGACCGAUCAUCGUGUACGGAGUGAAGUAUUACAAGAGUUUCCGUGGAGAAACGUUAGGUUACACACGUUUCCAAGGUGUGUACCUGCCUGAGACUUACCUGUGUGUCUCUACCUGUAGUCUAGGUGUGUACCUGCCUGAUACUUACCUGUGUGUCUCUACCUGUAGUCUAGGUGUGUACCUGCCUGAGACUUACAUGUGUGUCUCUACCUGUAGUCUAGGUGUGUACCUGCCUGAUACUUACCUGUGUGUCUCUACCUGUAGUCUAGGCGUGUACCUGCCUGAGACUUACCUGUGUGUCUCUACCUGUAGUCUAGGUGUGUACCUGCCUGAGAUUUACCUGUGUGUCUCUACCUGUAGUCUAGGUGUGUACCUGCCUGAGACUUACCUGUGUGUCUCUACCUGUAGUCUAGGUGUGUACCUGCCUGAUAUUUACCUGUGUGUCUCUACCUGUAUAGGUGUGUACCUGCCUGAGACAUACAUGUGUGUCUCUACCUGUAGUCUAGGUGUGUUCCUGCCUGAUAUUUACCUGUGUGUCUCUACCUGUAUAGGUGUGUACCUGCCUGAGACAUACAUGUGUGUCUCUACCUGUAGUCUAGGUGUGUUCCUGCCUGAUAUUUACCUGUGUGUCUCUACCUGUAUAGGUGUGUACCUGCCUGAGACUUACCUGUGUGUCUCUACCUGUAUAGGUGUGUACCUGCCUGAGACUUACCUGUGUGUCUCUACCUGUAGUCUAGGUGUGUACCUGCCUGAUAUUUACCUGUGUGUCUCUACCUGUAGUCUAGGUGUGUUCCUGCCUGAGACUUACCUGUGUGUCUCUACCUGUAGUCUAGGUGUGUACCUGCCUGAUAUUUACCUGUGUGUCUCUACCUGUAGUCUAGGUGUGUUCCUGCCUGAGACUUACCUGUGUGUCUCUACCUGUAGUCUAGGUGUGUACCUGCCUGAGAUUUACCUGUGUGUCUCUACCUGUAGUCUAGGUGUGUACCUGCCUGAUAUUUACCUGUGUGUCUCUACCUGUAGUCUAGGUGUGUUCCUGCCUGAGACUUACCUGUGUGUCUCUACCUGUAGUCUAGGUGUGUACCUGCCUGAUAUUUACCUGUGUGUCUCUACCUGUAGUCUAGGUGUGUUCCUGCCUGAGACUUACCAGUGUGUCUCUACCUGUAGUCUAGGUGUGUACCUGCCUGAGAUUUACCUGUGUGUCUCUACCUGUAGUCUAGGUGUGUACCUGCCUGAGAUUUACCUGUGUGUCUCUACCUGUAGUCUAGGUGUGUACCUGCCUGAGACAUACCUGUGUGUCUCUACCUGUAGUCUAGGUGUGUACCUGCCUGAGACUUACCUGUGUGUCUCUACCUGUAGUCUAGGUGUGUACCUGCCUGAUAUUUACCUGUGUGUCUCUACCUGUAGUCUAGGUGUGUUCCUGCCUGAGACUUACCUGUGUGUCUCUACCUGUAGUCUAGGUGUGUACCUGCCUGAGAUUUACCUGUGUGUCUCUACCUGUAGUCUAGGUGUGUACCUGCCUGAGAUUUACCUGUGUCUCUACCUGUAGUCUAGGUGUGUACCUGCCUGAGACAUACCUGUGUGUCUCUACCUGUAGUCUAGGUGUGUACCUGCCUGAGACUUACCUGUGUGUCUCUACCUGUAGUCUAGGUGUGUACCUGCCUGAGACUUACCUGUGUGUCUCUACCUGUAUAGGUGUGUACCUGCCUGAGACUUACCUGUGUGUCUCUACCUGUAGUCUAGGUGUGUACCUGCCUGAGACUUACCUGUGUGUCUCUACCUGUAGUCUAGGUGUGUACCUGCCUGAGACUUACCUGUGUGUCUCUACCUGUAGUCUAGGUGUGUACCUGCCUGAGACUUACCUGUGUGUCUCUACCUGUAUAGGUGUGUACCUGCCUGAGAUUUACCUGUGUGUCUCUACCUGUAGUCUAGGUGUGUACCUGCCUGAGACUUACCUGUGUGUCUCUACCUGUAGUCUAGGUGUGUACCUGCCUGAGACUUACCUGUGUGUCUCUAC